GUUUUCUGUGUAAUGAACACUUGUCUAAUUCAAGUCUCCUCACACAACUAUUACAUUAUUUUUGCUUGGAAUUGGAGAGAUCUUAGAGGACAAUGAAUCUAAGUUCAUUCACUCUCCUUGUACUGGUUUCAUAUGUGCAUGGUCAGUCAUUGACCUCUUCUGGCCCUGAGGUGAAGAAACCUGGAGAAUCAGUCACUCUGUCCUGUGUGGUUUCUGGGCUCUCCCUUAGCUGGUUGCACUGGAUCCGUCAGAAACCAGGGAGAGGACUAGAGUGGAUUGGGCGCAUUGAAAGUGGCACUGGCACUAUUUUUGCUCAGCCUCUACAAGGCCAGUUCUCCAUCACAAAAGACACUGGCAAAAACAUGGUAUAUUUGGAGGUGAAAAGCCUGAAGACUGAAGACACGGCUGUUUAUUACUGUGCAAAAGAUAGGGGUAGAAAUUAUGCUUUUGACUACUGGGGUAAAGGCACCCAAGUGACUGUCACAAGUAUGGAUCAAAAACCACCGGUUAUGUUUGCGAUGUCUCAGUGUGGAUCUACCUCUGGUUCCCGAAUUUUUGGUUGUUUGGCCACUGGGUUUUCUCCUGCUGAAUCACUCAGUUUCAAAUGGACCGAUCAAAGCGGAAGUGCCCUGACUGACUUCAUCCAGUAUCCUUCAGUAAACACUGAUGAUAAGACGUUAAAAAUCAGUCACAUCACUAUUACCAAUGAUACAUGGAAUCAAAUAGUGUGUGAAGCUGAGCACCUAUCGCAAAAAUUUAAACAAGUAUUCAAAAUAAUGAAUCCACAAACACCAACCCUGAGCCUGGUUCCUGUAACAACUCAGAAGAGCACAUUUGUCAUCUGUUUUAUUGAGGACUUUUACCCCAAAAACCUCACUGUAACAUGGAAAGUUAAUAAUACCAUCAGCCAGAACCAGCCAAAUCUGGAGUACAAAAACAAUGAAGAUACGGGUCUUUACACAGCUCAGAGUCUUUAUAAAGUUGGCAGUGAGAUAUGGAAUACUGAAACUUCCUAUAAUUGUGAAGCCACACACCAGGGCAUACCUCGAUCACAAACAAAAAACUUUAAAGCUACUUUUGCACUGACUCUGAAGCCACCCAUGGAUAGAGAAAUAUUCCUGCCAGAUGAAAAAAGUAAAUCCAAAGUUAUCUUAAAGGCUGUUGUUUCUGGAGUUGAACAGAAUGCAGUGAGAGAUGCUUCGGUGUCUUGCAAAGUUGAGAAUAAGCCUGUAACAGAUGUGAAAUCAGGUGAUGUCCAGACUUCUAAUGACAGCUCACAGUAUAUUAGAAUCCACAAUGUCACUGUUGAUCGCGAGGAAUGGUUUAAUGGUAAAACGGUCAUUUGUGCCACUCAACACACAAAUGGAAAAGAAAUCAAGGAGGAGAUCCAUUUUGAUAAAGGAGAUAAAACGAAGCCCGAUGUUUACAUUUACAGACCUGACGAUGAUACACUCACUUUUGUCUCUCUGGUGUGUGAGGUCACCAGCUCUCAACUUGGUGAUGUUUAUAUCAUGUGGACUGUGGGCGAUGGAAAUUAUAUUGAGGCCACUACCAGUGCUCCAAUCCGCCAAAACAAACGCACGUCUGUCCUCAGUAUUCUCACAGUGACUAAAGAAGAAUACCAAAAACACGCAAUCUCCUGUGCUGUCAAACAUGCCAGCAAUAACAAUGAAAGGCUGCCAUUAUUAAAACCAACACGCAAAAGUGAGCCACCAGAGCCAGAGAUGGGCUUUGCUUUGCACUGCAAUGAAGGUGUUUUGGAGGAGGAUGAGUUCAGAAGUCUCUGGUCCACUGCCACAUCAUUUAUCUUCCUCUUCCUGUUUUCUCUGACCUACAGUGCAGUACUCAGCUUCUUCAAGUGCCAUCAAACGUUCCGCCGUGACGGUGCUUUUGACUAUUGGGGAAAAGGAACAAUGGUGACUGUGGCAUCAGCUCAACCAUCUGCGCCGCAGUCACUCUUAGGCAUGUCUACGUGUGCUCCUGAGUCCGAUGGGUUCCUGACUGUCGGCUGCAUGGCAAGAGGUUUCUCGCCUGCGGACUCCCUUACUUUCGAAUGGACGGAUCCUAAUAAGGACCUGCUGAAUGAAUUCGUGCAGUAUCCAGCAAUCAGCCAAAAUGGAGUCAACAUCCAAAUCAGCCAUAUGCGCCUGAAAAAUAGUGAUUGGGAGGCCAAAAAAGGUUACACGUGUACAGCCAAAAAUUCUGCUGGCAAGCUAGUAGCUUCUGUUGAUAAACCAGCCCCACCGCCAGAUCAGCGUGCAUCUGUGUACUUAACAGCUCCUACAAAAAUGGAGCUAGACAAUGGAACGGCUACCUUCAUCUGCUUAGCCAAGCAGUUUUCGCCUAAAACACACUCGUUUAAGUGGUUUCAGGAUGGUAAGGAGGUGAAAAACGUGGUAACAGACAAAUGUCUAGAUGAGAAGAAAGGCAGCAUAACUGAAUAUAGUGCCGCAAGCAUUUUUCAAAUCAAUGCCACCGACUGGGUUAAUACAAACACCAAAAUUACUUGUGUGUUCGAGCACAAGGCUGGGGAUGAAACGAAAGAGGCUGAAUACACAGUCACCGACGCAGAGGAUCCUGGAGUUACUAUUGACAUAAUCCCUCCCUCAAUUGAGGACAUGCUGAAAAACAAAGCAGGAAAUCUGAAGUGUAAAGUUACAGGAGAUGUGGCAGGGUUUACCAAAAUGGAAAUCAAAGUGAGAGAAUCUAAAAACUCCAUCACAGAACACGAACAAAUCGGGAACAAAAAGAAUCUGGAACUUGAAGUUCGAAUAGGUUAUGCUGAAUGGAGCAAUGGCACAGAAUUUGUGUGCGUUGUGGAGCACAGUCUACUAGCAAUGCCUAAAGAAAAGGUGUACGUCAGAGAAAAUGGUGGUGAGCACAAGAGACCCACUAUUUACAUAUUAGCACCCCCAGAGCACAGAGAGGGAGAAACCAUGACCCUGACAUGUUAUGUGAAGGACUUCUAUCCCAAGGAGGUGUUUGUGUCUUGGCUUGCUAAUGAUGAACCUGUGAACUCGGGUGAUGGGUACAAGCAAAACACUACCACCCCAAUGCAGAUCAAUAACUACUUUUCCAUCUACAGUCAGCUCACUUUUGCUUCUUCUAAUUGGAAAGAGGGUACAGUGUACAGUUGUGUAGUGUACCAUGAAAGCAUUGAUCAAUCAUUGCAAGUUUUAUCAAGAUCUAUUGACAGUAAUACUGAUAAGUCUAGUAUAAUUAAUGUGAGUCUGAAUACCCCACCAUGCAAGGCAUAGACUGUUUUAUGUAUGUGGUGUCUGCCUAUUAUGCCUGUUAAGUGUUCAUCUUUUUUUGUUUUGUGUACUUUUUUUUUUUUUUUAAAUGACAUGUCCAUAUUUGUUAUUGUGUUUGUCUUUUAAUGUUUGUGUCUUUGUGCUUUUUAAACAUUUUCAUCACAUCACAUUGAAAAAAAAAACUAAUAAAAAAAAACUAAGCAUAUUUCCUGUGCA